AUCGUGAUGAUUUUGAAUUUCUACAUAUCCGUCAACCAAAUGAAUUACAUUUUACAGUGUGAAAAUCUAUAAAUCUCAUCAUGAGUCAGACGAAUCGGAAGAAGUUCGAGGCCGAUAAACUUCUGGAAUCUGUUCGACAGAAGGCGCGAGACAACCCCCGAGAGAUCCAAUUAAAGGGGUUCCACAUUGCGAGUGCAUUUGUUCAGGCCCAGGAGUACGGAACAGCCCUCCAGCAUGCACAAAACUAUAUUAGCAUCAAACCUAGUGAUGGAAGAGCUCACAGACUUCUCGGCGAGAUCCAUGAAGCCCUGAAGAAUGUGCAGAAAGCCAUUGAGAGUUAUCGUCGCAGCCUGGAACUCAAUAAGACCCAGAAAGAUCUUGUUUUAAAAGUUGCAGAGUUGUACUGCCGCGUGGAGUUUGAGCCCGACAGGCACCGAUACUGGGCGGAGCGGGCAGAGAAAUUAUUCCCUGGACAUCCCAAGAUUUAUAACAUCAUGGAGUAUAUAUACAGGAAGAGUGGGAAGUUAGCUGAAUUUAAAAUGUACCUGCGGCAGAAGCUGAAAUCCAAUCCCAAUGACCUUAAGCUGAACCUGCAACUGCUGAAAGUCUUGACCAUUCUCGGAAAGCUGAAGGAAGCGCAGGAACUGUGUCUGCAGGUAGAGGGCGCCAGACUGUUUGAUCACGAGACCCAGUGGUGGGAGCAAACCGUUGAGUUGUAUCAGAUGUUAUUGGGUAAUGUGAAUGAGGCUGAACCAUCUAACCAUCACAUCGGUACGUUCAGUCACCUUCUGAUCAGCCUCAACAAACUAGUCACGAUCAGCCUGGACACGCCUGCUACACGCGUAGAUCACUCAGCUAUGAUUCUCAAACAGAUGGAUGUAGAGAUGUUACGAGCGAGUGACUACAUCUUAGCCAGUCAGCAAAGCCAGGAGCAGGAACUCGCUGUUAACGUGAUCCAAGAGCUGAAGGCCCAACUCUACACCCAUCUGGCCACACUGAUCACCAAGAUGGCUGCUACAAGUGUUGCCCGUUGGUCCGAUGUUGUUGGCAUGGUGACUGCAUGCUACCUUGUCAGCGCCCACAUUCCACCUUGCCGAGAGUCGACGACGACGUCUACCACCAGAGGGCAGAAGGGUAGCCUCAAUGGCCGCCUGUUCAGCAUGAGUCAGUGUCGCCUCAGUGAAGUUUGUCAUAUUUUGAAUAGCAUCGUGAAGCAGCAGAAACAGAUCAAUUGGUUGAAACAGUGUCAAGGCAAAUGGUGUUCACAAGAGGGCCAGCAGCAACUUAUCAACCAGGCAUUUGGGUAUCGGGGCAUUGACCCAACCUCGUCAUUCCUCAGCAUGGAUGAUAGUCUGCUGAACGUAAAGCACAGUGAGCUGCCCAGCCUCAUCAAGACGGUGUUUACGUAUGAUCAAGAGUCGGUGAAGGCCCAGCCCCAGAGCCUGCAGAGAUUGAUCUGGCUUGGUCUCCAGUGGGACCUCAGACUGGACGGUGUCUUGCCAGACCUCGGUCAGUUCCUUCAGCCGAUCUUCCCUCGCCUCCUAUUCAGCACACAGCGUCUUGAGAAUACAUCGGUAGACAACAUCAGGCUGCUGGACAUAGAGGCAUUUUUGUACUGCUGUGUACAUGUGGCCAAGACGCAGCAAGGAGCCAAAGGUCAAGGUUCACAAUCCCUGCCCCAGACACUUCCACUGGGACUGUGUCGUGGCCUGUGCAGCCAGCAACAGCUAGACUGGUAUAGCGCCCUCUAUUGUCUCUAUACUGCCAAGGCAAGUUCCAAUGAGAGAGCUAAGCUUCGUCUGACUGUGCAAAGAGGUUUGGAGGUCAUUCGCUGCAGGAUGAACCACGGCAUGGAGACAUCGUUGCUGAUACGUCUGGGCCGAUCAUUCAGAGAAAGGAUGCAAGAAGUGAAGAAGAUUAGCGCUGGGGAUGAGAACAGGGAACAGUGGAAUGCCUUCCAGCAGAUGAGUGUCAUGUACUGGCAGGCAGCCCUGGAGCACCUGCAGCUACUGGCCAGGAACCAAGCUGUCCCCACACAGCAGAAGCCAUUUUUUCCAUACAGCGCUAAACUCAUUCAGGAGAGUGAGAUCCAGGCGUACCAGGAUGACGGUACAGUGGCCGUAGCGGAGUGUAAAUUUCAACAGGGUCAAUUCCAGCAAGCUGUCACCAUGCUGGACAAAGUGAAAUCAGCAGAGGGACUCUUCCUCAAGGCUCAGAUGUACUUGACGAAAUCUCAAAUGGAGUCCAAGGAAUUAGACGUGAGCCUGAACUGCAGCUUACUGAGCCGGCAGGGUGACCUACUGGACAAAGCCAAGUGUGCACUGUUUGAUACCAUGGACAGCAUCCAGCACCAACCCGAUCAUCCCCUUCAUGAAGAGGUACAGAAAAACCUGAAGGAGAUUGACGAACAGCAAGCAGCUCUGGCCGUCAAAAUUGCCGACCUCGAGGAGGAGCAAGAGGCAGCUUGUGAUAACUCCCUCAACGCACUUGAUACCAGUCGCAACAUUAGCACCAUCAGUGACAUUGCUCCGUUGCAGCCUUCUGGGAACGAUCCAAGCCCUCGUCGUCUGGCAGCCGAACUCCGUUCCAUGAAUGUAUCCCACGGCCGCCUGAUGGAGGAGAACACCCAGCUGAGGGGCCUGGCUGCCACCCACAGUCGCAUCCUGGAGCAGAACCAGAUGCUCAUCGAGAAACAGAAUCUACUGAUGGAAUCCAACAACGCCUUGAUGAAACAAGUCCUGGAUCUUAACACAAAGUUCCAGGAGCUAAGCACAGCGCAGGCGAAGGCACCUCCUCCCCCACCACCACCUCCGCAAGACCUCCCUGGAACCAUCAACUCCAACCGACCGAUCAUCAUCUCGGCGACAGAGUGCAAGUUCGACAGCCCCAAUCUCUCCGCCCAGUUGGGGGCGUCCAUGCACCCAAUGAUGUCCCACAGCAUGGCAAGUCCCAUGCACGCCGGCCCCGCCCAGAUGUACCACCCGGUGUACGGGUACUACACCAUGCCGCCCCAGCAGGGGUACGGGAUGGGUGCCUACGAGAACGCCGGACUGCACCCCAGCUUGAUCACAUCCACCCCGGCCAUGCAUCCGGGUCAGGUUCCCAACGCUCAGCAAUACUUGUAUGAGGACAUUACCUCGCCGACUGAGAAUGAAGCACUAGGGAUGGUAGGGGAAAGGCUAGUGCAGGGACAAGCCUCAACCAUGCCAGAGAUGCAGCCCACAACUCCCCAAGCCGCUAACUCCUACCUGGGUUCUGAACAUGGAAUCCAGCCCCUGGCCACAAGAGCCAAUGGCAGCAUCCAGCCCAGAGAGCCUCUGGCCAAUACACUCUUCAAGAACGACGCCUCACCGGCCCAAACGAGAAAGGAAACCCAACAACCCGCCCUAACAGGUGGUGCCAAGCUGCCAUUUGCCAGCCACCCCGAUACAGCGGGGCAGAAGGUAGCGUCGCAAGCUUCGGGCCAGGACACCAGCAGCAACUCUCCGCUCCUGAUGGACAUGCUGAUGCAACCCAACAAAGCCGACGAUCCCGGGGCGGGGGUUGGUGGCUCCAUCACAGCAGGUACUCCUCCCCACUCAGCGGGGGCUCCGCCAUCGUCGACCUCAAGCCAUCAUGGACUUUUCUCCGACAAGCAAUCGUCUCAACUGGGAGGACCCAUCCAGCAGACAACCUCUUCUCAGGAUGCAGCAAGUGUAUUUGGCACAGCUUCUAAUGAAACCAGUGCUUCUUCUAGUGCUCCAUUCUCCAAGUUUAAUCUCAACCCCAGUCAGUCAGCAUCUCAAGGAUUUUUCAAGGCUACGUCAUCGCCAGUCACCCCAGAUGUCACAGCAAGCUCUUCGUUGGCGGGCGCUCCAUUCAGUGGAUUCAGCUUUGGUCAGAUCAAAGCCCCAGAGUCUACACCCGCUUUAAGCUUUGGGAGUAUGCCUCAGCAGGUUUCUGACAGCAAAGAUGAUGGUGUGGUACCAGUUACCCAAGAGUUCACGGCAAGCUCUUCGUCGGCGGCCGCUCCAUUCAGUGGAUUCAGCUUUGGUCAGAUCAAAGCCCCAGAGUCUAAACCCGCUUUAAGCUUUGGGAGUAUUCCUCAGCAGGUUUCUAAAAGCAAAACAGAGGAAGAUGAUGAUGUGAUCUUCAUCUCCGAAACGCUUCCUACUGCUGAUCAGCGAGCCAGAGCAGAAAAACUUCUCUUGCCUCCGACUUUCUUUCUGUAUGAAGAUGAUCCGCCCUGUCCCGGCUGCAGAGGAUGUGAGGAGGAAGAUCUGGCUCAGCGAGAAAUCAAACUGUCCAAACUUCCAAAUAAAGAAUCAGCGCCGGCCGCUUCUGCAGCAGUUACACCUGCAGCAGUAUUUGGCAGUGCUGCAUCGAGUACACCCGCGGCAGUGUUUGGCGGUGCUGCAUCGAGUACACCUGCAGCAGUGUUUGGCGGUGGUGCAUCGAGUACACCCGCAGCAGUGUUUGGUGGUGCUGCAUCGAGUACACCCGCAGCAGUGUUUGGCGGUGCUGCAUCGAGUACACCUGCAGCAAUGUUUGGAAGUGCCGCAUCGGGUCAGAAGACAUUUGGCUCACUCGCUGUUGACACGCCAAGCACCUUUGGAGCUAAAGACACUAGCCAGGAAGAACCCUCUAUUUUUGGAAACAAAGGCUCAGGGGUGAGUUUUGCUUCCAUCACCUCCGACAAUCAAGGAACUUUUGCUGGGAAAGGAGCAAAGGGAUUUGCGUUUGCCCAGGCUGGUGCUCAGGUCUUUGGAGGUGGAGGUGAUGAUAACGCUGGGGGAGAUGAGGAACAUGACCCCCACUUUGACCCCAUUGUUCCCCUUCCCGAGCUGGUUGAUACAAAGACUGGUGAGGAAGAUGAAGAGAUUAUGUACAAGCAGCGAGCCCGUUUGUACCGCUAUGCUAAAGAGCUGAAUGUCUGGAAGGAACGAGGUAUAGGAGAGGUCAAAUUGAUGCGACAUAAAGACAGUGGAGGACUAAGACUGCUGAUGAGACGGGAACAGGUUCUGAAGCUGUGCGCCAAUCAUCGCAUCACAGAUGACAUCAAGCUUGAAUCCCUGAAGUCCUCUGAUCGUACCUGGGUGUGGCAUGCGCUGGAUUACUCUGAGGAUGAACCAUGCCAUGAGCAGUUUGCCAUCAAGUUCAAGACUCCCGAGCUGGCGGCUGAGUUCAGACGAAGGUUUGAAGAGCUCCAGGCCGAGAGGAAGAGAGAGGUAGAGGCAGAGAAGGCAGACGAGGCGGUGGUACCGGAAGGGCCGAGGGGAGAUCAGCCGGAGGAGAAAGACGAUGACGGAGACAAGAAAGACGGGAAAGAUGACACCGCUGCCGAAGCUACAGAAACCGGGCCAACAACAGAAGAGCUGAUCGCCAAGUAUCAACCCAAGCCAGGCUCAUGGCAAUGCGAUGGUUGCUGGUUGAACAACGAGGAGACUGCCACGACCUGCAUCUCAUGCACAGCACCGAAACCCGGUGCAGCGGCUCCAUCAGCUACUCAGAAGUUGAGCACCUUGUCAAAACUCGCCGGAGCGUCCCGACAAAAUGAGUCGUCCGCGACCACCAGCUCUGGGAGCGAGUUUAAAUUUGGCCCUGGUGGGGGUUUCUCGUUCGGUGGCUUGCAGACUUCAGACGGUGCGAGUAAACCCACUGGAUUCGCGUCCUUUGGGCCACCGAGCACCUUCUCAACAACACCCUCAGGUACUGGACCGUUUGGAGGAGGACCCGUUCAGUUUGGAACGUCCUCAUCAUCUGAUACCGUAUUGAUGGCUCCUAAAGAGAAACAAGUUGCGACCCCUACCAGUAAAUUUACCUUCGGAAGUGGAUUCCAGAAAUAUGAUCUUGGUGCGGCCGGCGAUCAACCAAAUCAACCAGUUGUGGCAUCAACGUCACCCAGUGCUGGCUUUACAUUCGGUGCAACGAAACUUACACCCCCUAAGAGUGAACCUGUUGCAGCUGCCCCUUCCACAGUUGCCCCUUCCACAGAUGUCCCUUCCUCAGCUGCCCCUUCCACAGCUGCCCCUUCAACAGCAGCUCCCUCUACGAGCCAGCCCCAAUCACUGACUCCAGUUAAACCAAAAGACAAACAAAAAGAGGUCCCUCCGACCAAGGAGGGAACAGGCUUUGUGUUUGGAGCAGCAGGUGGCCUUUUAGCACAAACUCCCAAGAGCAGUGCAGCACCAGCCUCUUCAAAGCCCGCUGAAGAAAAAUCCAUGGGCUUCAAUUUUGCCGCCAUGGCUAAAACAAAGGGAUCUCUGUUCUCCUUCCGCAUGGACGUCAGUAAAACUCCUCAAGAAGCUCCCGAGAAAUCACCGGUGAAACCAAAAUCUCCUGGAGUAGUAGUGAAGUCACCCCAGCAGCAGCCACCGUCACCAGGACUGAAUAAAAGUGGAGACGACUAUUACAAGGAUGAUGACGGGGACCACAUCCACUUUGAUCCCAUCGUUGAGUUGCCGGAAUGCAUCGAGGCGAGAACCGGCGAAGAAGGCGAGGAGGUGAGAUUCAGUCAUCGAGCCAAGCUGUUCCGCUACAACAAGGAGUCUGCCCAAUGGAAAGAGCGUGGUCUCGGCGACAUCAAGGUCCUGUACAACCCAGACACCAAGAAGUAUCGCAUCGUCAUGCGCAGAGAGCAAGUCUUGAAGGUCUGUGCCAAUCACUUUGUCACUCCGGAUCUGAAGUUGCAGCCGAUGGCCGGAUCAACGAAGUCGUUGGUCUGGAUGGCGAUGGAUGCGUCCGAGGAUGAAGUCCAGAUGGAACAGUUGGCCGUGAAAUUCAAAACGGAAGAGUUGGCCCAGCAGUUCAAGGAGGCGGUCGAAGCAGCUCAGGAGGACAUGAAGAUGGGAGGAGGAGGAGGAGAUGCAGUCAAGAAAGAGGCUGAGAAAGAAAACCAAGAUGUCGAAGGAGACGUUAAGGAAGAGGAUGAUGGUGAGACUGAUGAGGAAGAUGAUGAAGGUGCUGAAGAAGAUGAAGAGGAUUACGAAGAUGUAGACGACGAUGAUGAAGAUGAAUAUGAAGAUGAUGGUGAGGAAGAGGAGGGGGAAGAAGGUGGAAACGGUGAUGGAGAAGAAGAGCAAGAUGCUACAGAACAAGGUGAAGACGAGCAAAAUACCCCAACACAAGGUGGAGAAGAGCAGGAAGAUGCCACAACACAAGGUGACGACGAAUCUCCAACUGUUAAAUCCUGUGAUCCAAACAUCUCAAAGGCGUUCUCGGAGCUGUUGCGCAACGCCAAUGCCAGCCACGCCCAGAAACAGAAGGAGAUGAGUGAGGCUGAAUCCUCCCCUAAGGACGAGGAGGCGGCGGGGAGUAGCAAAGAUGACAGCGUUACCGAGGAGAGAGACGAUAUUCACUUUGAUCCGAUUGUUCAACUCCCUGAACAGUUGGAGAAGAUUACCGGUGAAGAGGACGAGAACCAGCUGUUCUGCUCCCGUGCCAAGCUCUACCGCUACGACAAGACCUCAUCCCAGUGGAAGGAUAGAGGGGUCGGAGAUAUCAAGAUUCUGCAGAAUGUUAAGACGAGACGAUAUCGCAUCCUCAUGAGACGAGAUCAGGUUUUCAGGGUAUGCGCCAAUCACUACAUCACCAAGGAUAUGGCCUUGCUCCCUAACGCGGGCUCGGAGAACUCCCUGGUCUGGCGGGCGAUGGAUGCGUCGGACGGUGAACCUCAACCUGAGCAGCUGGCAGUCCGCUUCAAGCUGGCGGGAACAACUCAGCGUUUCAAGGUGACGUUUGAAGAAUGCCAGGCCGACCUGAGAAAACUAGAAGACGAUAACAAAGGGAGUGAACAAGGUGAUGAAGUGUCAUCGACAACUGAAGAGUCAUCAAAAUCACCUUCAAAAGGGCAGGAUGCUGGAGAUGUGGAUGCAGAUAAAAAGCCCUCCACAGCAACAUCCUCAGCCAAAGAGACAGACACAACUCCCUCCUCCUCUACAGCUGCAGGCACCACCAACCAGGGAAGCAAUUGACUGCAAUAAACACCAUCUGGGCCAAAUUUUAUAAAGCCUGUUAGCGCAAAAACUUGCUCAGCACAGAAAAAUUAUUGCUUAAAGGGAAG